CGGACCCCUGUAGAGGAGGCUCCGGCAAGGGAGGCGGAGGAGGAAGCGCUCGCGCAGCCUUGGAAGCGCAAAGUUGUGAGAGUGUAAUUUGUCUCCUGUUGACGAAGAUGCAUUCUUCAAAGCCCAGGCUUGUUGUUCCAUAUGGCCUCAAGACUUUACUCGAGGGAGUGAGCAGAGCUGUUCUCAAAACCAAUCCAAGCAAUAUCACUGAGUUUGCAGCUCUCUACUUCAGAGAGCUAAUUGCAUUUAGAGAAGAAAAUCCUAAUUUGGAUAUAACAGACCUGGUUAGAGAAUUUCAUUUCACUAGAGUAGAGGGCUGGACUGAUAGACUGCCAGAAAAGAGAGCUGACCUUGGAGACGUAAGUGUGGUGUCUCCACUUUCUGAGGAACCAAAACGAAAGGAAAAAUCCACAGACACAGAGGAGGACCAGUUGCACGAAGGCCCUGAACCUGAAUAUAGCAGCAAAAUUACACAAUACCCAUCGACUCACGGUGAACUUGCAGAAAAUGAACCAUCCCCUACGGGACCUGAAGCAUCCCCUAAGGGACCUGAACUUGCCUAUGUCCCAGCAGAUCCUGCACAGCUUGCUGCACAGAUGUUAGGUAACAUUGAUUCUGUUCAUUCUAUGAAGGAUGUGGCAACAAGUGUGCAAUCUUUUCCUGAACUGUCUCUGAGCUCAGUGGACACAACAGUUGCACCAGUAGAAGGUGCUGCUGAAGAAGCUACACUUACCCCAGCUGCUGAGGGUUCUGCAGAGUCUGUUAGGUUGGAGCCAGCGGUUCAGAGUCAGGCCUCCAUUGUCCUAGGGUCCUCCAGCAGUCAGGCUGAACAAUCAACAAGUGAUGUAGAUCAAGCUUCCUCAACCCCCUUGCAGGAUGAACCACCACCACCUGCUCCUCCACCACCUCCUCCUCCACCACCACCUCCUAAAGAUCCAUUACAGGCUGUGCCUUCCCAAAGCGAAAUUGAGGUUACAUCAACCAUUCAGGCUAUGCCAAUACAUACUGACGAUGAGCCCGCUACUGAAGGAGAGGUUCCACCUUACAUAGAGCAGUUCCCGCAGCAAAUAGUCAUUCCCUUUUUAGAACAAGUAGCUUGUCUAAUAGAGAUUCAGCAGCCACUAAUGCCUUCACUAAAUACAGGUCAGUUUACAUGCACUAAGAUCUUAGAUCCAUCUGCAGAUGAUGCAGAAUUUGACCCUGAAAGAAUGGAAACUACAGCGCAAAUGGCAUCAGCUGAGCAAGGUUUUAUUAUGUCAGUUGCCAUACCCUUAGACGAAGUAAUGUCUGCAAAGAGGGGCUCAGCAGCUGGUGAUAAAGCAGGCAUAAAUCCCUUUGCAGGAAGCUAUGGUAUAGCAGGAGAGAUUACAUUUACUUCUGCCCCAGUCCGCAGAGCAGACUCAUGAGAAGGUUGAGAGGAGAUGUCAUGUGAACACCCCAGGAUGGAAAUCUGCAUCUUAAAAUAAUAAAUUAACUUAAUACAAGCACUCAAAACUAAUGCAAUCCAUUAGAAUGCCUUUUUGCAUUUCCAGAGUGUUGGCAGAACACAGAUUAUUGAAGAUAAGUAUAUAAUGAAGUGUCCAUGGGGGGGGAAAAUACCCCACCCGCAGCACAGGCAAUAACGGAAAAGAAUGCUUCCCCGCUGUAGCAGAGGCAUUUGGCUGUGGCCGAGCCCUCUUAGAGAUGUUUAGCUAAUAGACAAGUUGAUCAUAUAGUAUUGUGUAAACAUACAUCCAUCAAAAAUUUCAAAUUAGUUCCACACAAUCCCUUUCCAGAGUAGGUCACAUCUUAUGCAACAUUGCUGUUCCUGGCAAUGAGUUUAAGUCCACAGCUUUGACUCUGUAAGCAAUGGCCUUAUACUUAGAAUGUCCCAAAACAAAGAAAUAAGUGAGAUGGUCAAUGAGAUUAAGGGUAAAAAAAAUUUCACUAGAUGGCUUGCAGAUGCUGCCCUGUGCCACACAAGAAGCCAGUGCUCAGUUAAAACCCAUUAUAACAGACCUUAGAGUUGCUAUGGAAGACACUGUCUAGUUUUGCUAUAGCUUUGGAGUCUCAAGUUUAUUUCAGUCUGUCAGUGGUCACUGGGGUGGGGUGUGUACGUGUGUCAUUUCUGGGGGAUUUCAGAUGUUUAGAGAAGAUGCUGAUUUUAAUUAUCCAGUGAAAAUUGCUUAGUGUCUGCAUCUAUUCGCUUAAGAACCCUAGUCUUUACUCCUUGGGAGUUCCCUAGUGCUUGCUCCUUCUCUUGACCUGCUUCCUACUUUUAAAAAGAGCAGGUACCAUCUCCUCUGUUGCAGCUUGAAAAUAAAGGAAAUCACUAGGAGAUUGGAUUUUGAGCAGAUAUCGACUUCUGGAGAAGAAACUUACCUGGGAAGCAUAUGCCACUCAAUGCUUCUCUCUAUUUCUAUCCAGUAAGCUCUUCAAACAUUUGGAACAGAGUCCUUUCCCUGGAACGUAAUGGGUUUCAAAACCCAUUAGGUCAGUGUUUGAGCCAGUGGGUUGCAACCUAAGGGUGUCACAUGAGGCUGGUGGGGUGGGGGAUGAUUGCAAUAAAACUUUAAUAUCUCCCAAAUGAGGCAAAGAAAAAGUUUCUAGACUCAUUUCAGGAUAGCAAAACCCUUCAAAAUUUGAGACAUCAACUUUACUAGAACAGAUUACUUGUAGCGAUGCAUGAGACGCCAGUGUGAUUCAGCCUCUGUAGUUGAAAAGCUUCUUCCUUGUUUGCUGAGCACAGUGCUUCCAGGGAAACCACUGACAUGACAUACUUUAUGAACCCAGAACUGCAAGGUUUCCAGACACACCAGCCGAAAGCCACACUCAGCAGGAUGUCAAGUAUCAGAGGAGUAGCCAUGUUAGUCUGGAUCUGUAAAAGCAGCAGAGUGUC